GAAAAACACGCAAACCACCACCACCUUAAUUCUCUCCAAACUCUCGAUUCUUCUGCCUCAGAUCCUCCGGAGCACUCGCCGCCGACGGUCGCACGGCGGCGCUGCACCAAUGCUUUGGUAAAUGCAUCCCUACUUCCCUCAGAUUUCGUCGAAUGUUUUGCUUUUGCUGCGAGAUAUGGUGCUGAGAUUGAAGAGGUUUGGCAAGGCGGCAGCAGCAGAAGCUUCGAGUGCGUCGCCGAUUACCGAGCGGGAAGACGACGCCGCCGUCCGUUCGAAGAUUCCGGAGUUGAAAUGCGGCGCGAAUCUGUUGAAUCUGAUGGGAGUGUUCGCGAUUUCGGUGAUGGCUGUUUCUCUGGUGUUCUCCCUGUCCGUGGUGGUGAGGGACCCUCCCGCGGAUGCUUUUUGGAAGGUUUCUGAGGCAAGGAAUCUCGAUUUCGACCUGCAGAAAGACAAACUACCCGACGAGGAUCUUGCUCGGAAAAUCAAGGAAAACCCAUUAGGUGACCUCCUCGCGACGGGAUUCGAUAAAAAAUCUUGCCGUAGUCGGUUCGAAUCGGCCUUGUAUAACCGAGGCUUGUCGAAAAAGGCUUCUCCACGCCUCAUAUCACGGCUACGAAGCUACGAGGCUCUACAUAAGAAAUGCGGACCGUACACAUAUUCAUACAACAAGACACUGGAAAAUCUAAAGCUCGGCCGACACCCGAGCACCCCUGAGUGCAACUACGUCGUCUGGAUAUCCAUGGGCGGUUUAGGUAACCGGAUAUUAACUCUAACUUCGACAUUCCUCUACGCACUUCUCACCGAUCGAGUCCUCCUCGUCGAUCGCCGCGCCGGAAUUUCCGAUCUUUUCUGCGAGCCAUUCCCCGAUACUUCCUGGCUACUUCCGGAGGAUUUCCCGUUGACAAGCCAGUUCGGUCGUUUCGACAAGAACUCGAAUGUAAGUUACGGGAAUAUGCUGGGCAGUGACAAGACCCGUUUGGCGAUGGAACAGUAUGUUUACGUCCAUUUAGCCCACGAUUAUGGCGAUCGGGAUAAACUCUUCUUCUGCAAUCAAGAUCAUCUGGUGAAGAUCCCGUGGUUGAUCGUGAAAAGCGAUAACUAUUUUGCGCCGUUCCUUUUCUUGACCCCGGGUUUCGAGCACGAGCUACAUGGUCUUUUCCCCAAUAAAGAAUCAAUCUUCCAUCUCUUAGGCCGGUAUUUACUCCACCCGACGAAUUCCGUUUGGGGACUUAUUACUCGAUACUAUCGAGCUUAUUUAUCUAAGGCCGACGUAAAAGUCGGCAUCCAGGUGCGGGUCUUCGAUCCGCGACAAGGCCCGUUAAAACACGUAUUGGAUCAGAUACUGUCGUGUGUUGCGAAGGAGAAUAUAUUACCGAAAAUCAGCGAGCGGGACGGCGUCGAUGUUCCCGGGAAGGGAAAGACGGUAGCUGUGCUGGUGACGUCGUUGAUUGCGGCGUACUACGAGGAGGUGAGAAAUAUGUAUUGGGAGCAUGCGACGGAGAGCGGGGAGGUCGUCGGGGUGUACCAACCGAGCCACGAGGGGUUCCAACAAACAGGGAAGCACUGGCACGACAGAAAGGCGUGGGCGGAGAUGUAUCUACUUGGGAUGAUGGAUAAAUUGGUGACGAGUUCUUGGUCGACGUUCGGGUACGUGGCGCAGGGGGUGGGCGGGGUGAGGCCGUGGAUACUGACGAAGGCGGAGAACGGAACGGUUCCUGAGGUGGUUUGUAGUAGGGCGGAGUCGAUGGAGCCGUGCUUCCAUGCUCCGCCGUACUACGACUGCAGAACGGGACGGGGGGCGGAUAUGCGGGGGCUUGUGCCGUAUGUUAGGCACUGCGAGGAUGUGAGCUGGGGGUUGAAGCUGGUGGAUAUUCAUCAAGAAUGAAGGAGAAGAGGUUUUGUUAUUAUUUUAUGGUAUAUGGAGGGUCUUCUUGCUUUCUUUCGAUCUUAUUAUUGAUUGAUUUGAUCAUCGGCGUUUUGGACUCCAGGUAUGUUCGUCUAUCUAUGGCUCUUGCAUUUAUUUUAUUUUAUUUAGCAAUA